UGCCCUGGAAAAGCUGGAGCAGCAUGUGGCUGAUUGCAUGUGCCCACUUGAGUAACUGCUCUCUUUGACCCUUGCGGUCAAACCCUUGCGGAGUUUUAUUCAAUUCUUCUAAUUCAAGUCCACAAGAUGAUACAGUCACUGCUUCUUUAAUCCAAUCAGAGACAAGCUCUCUGCCCUGGGACUGGCUGACGCGGCACAUUUCAGUGGCAGAUUGGCCAAUAAGGAGCUACGAAGGGCUGGUCUGCGAUUGACCUUCGGAUUGGCUGGGUCUUUUGUAGUUGCACAUAAACCCAGCCUGUGUUAAUGCUAGUUAUUCUUACCUGUCCUGCCUGGGCCCACUCAGGAAUUCCAUAUUCCAGUCUCUGGAUAGAGCAAUUUGCACAACGGCUGUAUUUGGACUGCCCUUCAUCACUCAGAUCCAUUAGUAGACAGACAUGCAGGCUCACGAGCUGUUGAAGCAGCUGCGUCUGCCUGAAUUGGAUGAUGUUCAGCAGUAUGUUCGCAGCCUCUCCACCCGGACGCUUGUGGGCGUGGGGGCCUUCGCAGCUAUCACCACCUAUUGGUACGCCAUGCGACCUAAAGCCCUGAAACCACCCUGUGACCUGCGCAUGCAGUCUGUGGAGCUGCCAGGUGGAGAGUUUGCCCGCAGGUCAGCACUGGUAGAUGAUGACACACUUCUAUCUUUUUACUAUAAUGAUGCUACAACAAUGUACGAGUGCUUCACCAGAGGCAUGAGGGUAUCAAAUAAUGGACCUUGCGUGGGGGCUAGAAAGCCAAAGAAGCCUUAUGAGUGGCUGUCUUAUUCAGAGGUUGCAGAAAGGGCGGCGAACCUGGGCUCAGCACUGCUGCACAAAGGCCACUCCAAAACCGGUGACCAGUUCAUUGGCAUCUUUGCUCAGAAUAGACCAGAGUGGACCAUCGCAGAGUUGGCCUGCUACACAUAUUCAUUGGUACCUGUACCUCUGUAUGACACGCUGGGCACAGAGGCCAUCGACUACAUCAUUGAGAAGACAUGUAUCUCCACGGUGGUGUGCGAUGUGCAGGCGAAGGCUUGUCUGCUGCUGGACUGCAUAUCAGGCAGGGCACACACAUUGCAGACGCUGAUCCUGAUAGAGGAUUUUGAUUCGGAGCUGGUUGCUCGUGCCAAGAAGUGCGGCGUGGAUAUCAUCAGCCUCAAGGAGGCAGAGGCACUUGGGAAGGUGCACCGGCAGCAGCCUACACCUCCUCACGCUGAUGACUUGGCUAUUAUUUGCUUCACCAGUGGAACCACAGGAAACCCAAAGGGGGCGAUGCUCACCCACAGAAACAUUGUGUCCAAUGUUUCUGCCUUUGUGAAGAUGACAGAAACCAGCUGUCCCCUCCGCCCCAGUGAUACACAUAUCUCUUACCUACCUCUGGCACACAUGUUUGAGCAAGUGGUACAGGGUGUGAUGCUGGUCCAUGGGGGUCGUAUCGGCUAUUUCCAAGGAGAUAUCCGAAAACUGAUGGAUGACCUCACAACCCUGCGGCCUACUGUUUUCCCAGUGGUGCCUCGUCUGCUCAACCGCAUGUUUGACAAGAUAUUGGGACAGGCCAGUACUCCACUCAAGAAAUGGAUCCUGAAUUUUGCAUUCCGGAGGAAAGAGGCUGAGAUGAUGAGUGGUAUCAUGAGGAGAAACAGUUUUUGGGACAAAAUCAUCUUCAAGAAAGUCCAGGCCAGCGUUGGAGGUUGCGUGCGUUUGAUGAUGACCGGAGCUGCUCCAAUUUCUGCCUCUGUGCUUACCUUCUUGCGUGCAGCGCUGGGCUGCCAGUUUUAUGAAGGUUAUGGACAGACUGAGUGCACAGCUGGCUGCACAAUUACAUUGUCAGGAGACUGGACUGGAGGUCAUGUUGGACCUCCUAUGCCAUGCAGCUAUGUGAAGCUGGUGGAUGUUGCUGAGAUGAACUAUCUGGCUGUGAAUGGAGAAGGAGAGGUUUGUGUGAAGGGGCCUAAUGUGUUUAAGGGAUAUCUGAAAGACCCAGAGAAGACUGACGAGGCCCUCGACCAGGACGGCUGGGUCCACACAGGAGACAUCGGCAAGUGGCUGCCGAACGGCACUCUGAAGAUCAUUGACCGUAAGAAGCACAUCUUCAAGCUUGCUCAGGGAGAGUACAUUGCCCCCGAGAAGAUUGAGAACGUUUACAUCAGGAGUGAAGCUGUUGUACAGGCAUUUGUACAUGGGGACAGCUUACAGGCCUGCCUGGUGGCAAUCAUUGUGCCUGACCCGGACUUCCUGCCAAACUGGGCCAGUAAGAAAGGCUUUCAUGGCUCUUAUGAGGAGCUCUGCAACAACAAGGCAGUAAAAGAUGCCAUUUUGGAGGAUAUUGUUAAAAUAGGCAAAGAAAGUGGGCUGAGGUCUUUUGAACAGGUGAAGGACAUUGCUCUGUACGCAGAACUGUUCUCUAUCCAAAAUGGCCUUCUCACUCCAACCCUCAAAGCCAAGCGCACUGAGCUCAGAAACCACUUCAGGCAGCAGAUCGACCAGCUCUAUUCCAAUAUUCACAUGUGAUUCUGAUCCUGUAGUAGUUCUAAACAAAUACUAGCACUGAAUGGAAGAUGAUGGGAGUCAUUUACCGUCGUGAAGGUAUCAUGCUAACUCAUCCUCACUAUUUCAUCCUUUGUUAGCUACGUUAAUACUACUAAGUUUUCCUUUGAGGAGCCAUCCUCAGCGAGGAGCCAUGCCUUAUCCACGCAACACAUCCACUGCCUUUCAUAGGGAUAAAGAGAACACUGGAUCAAAAAGGAGAAAUCCACCGUCUCGAUAGUUACCCUCCAAAACAUCAUACCCCACAGUCCACAAAAUAAAUGCCAAAGAUUGCUUGAGUGCUGAACUGUGCCAACGUGGUCGCUUACCUUCUGCCUUAGAGGUUCUGACAUUCAGCCCACUUUCCCAGACAAAAAAAAUCAACACUGCUAAAAAUGAUAUCUUCACAAGUGAAAACAUCUUAAACUGAGGUAAUAUGACUGCUUUAGUUUGAGUGUGUAAGAAAAAGUACAAAGAAAUGUAUAUUUUUUCUGCAAAUUUUGGAGCACAAUUUUUAUUAAUUUGAUGAGUUUAACAUAUUUAGUCGGGGGAGUGCAUAAAACUUUGAAUGUGCCUUUUGCACAGGUUACAGUUUGAAUAUUUCCUCAAUAUGUUACAUUCAGCAAAUAAACAUUUUUAGUAAUUGUG